UGUGCAGGUUAAUACAGCAGCACCUUCAUAUCCAGCGAGCAGGACACAGAGACAGACAGCAGCUACUCCACUCUCUAGUAAUCGAGUCUGCUGUGAUGGGGGAGAGAGAGUUGCUCAUCCUUCUGCUUGCAGGACUUUGUGUGCCUGCUUCCAACCAGAUCAGAAAAGUGUUUGUGGAAACAGUGAAGAGCUGGUCUGAAGCUCAGAGCUACUGUAGAGAGAAGCACACAGACCUGGCCACUGUGCGCAGCCAGGAAGAAGCAGAGCAGCUCUUAAAUAUUACAGGAGAUUCUCUCAAUGAUACUGCCUGGAUCGGGCUGUAUCGUGAUGACACACAGAACUGGCAGUGGUCUAACAGCGAUGAUGUCAUCUACUCUAACUGGAAGGCAGAGCUCUUCUGUGCUUCAGUCAAGUCAAGUGGAGAGUGGGAGGAUAGAGUCUGCAAUGAGGGGAAAGCUUUCAUGUGCUACAAUGAGACCAGCAACAUCACUGAGAGAUACACCCUGAUUGAAGAACUGAAAACCUGGACUGAAGCUCAGCAGUACUGUAGAGAAUACCACACCGACCUCGUCAGCAUAAAGAACGCCAGUGAAAAUGAAGACCUAGUGAAGAAAGCGCAGGGCAAGCCCUUCUGGAUAGGCCUGUUCAAUAACCUGUGGAAGUGGUCACGCCAGGGGGAUAACUACACAUUUCACAACUGGAACGGAGGGGAACCAAACAAUUGGGGAGGCAAUGAGAAGUGUGUGGAGAUAAGUAAGAGUGGUCAAUGGAAUGACAUUCCCUGCACCUUUCAGUUACCCUUCUGCUGUGACGAUGGCUCCUCUGGUCAGUGUUUCUAUGGAAAUACUGAGAAGACAUGGCAGGAAGCUCAGAGCUACUGCAGAAGUCAAGGCAGAGACCUGCCCACCAUACAAGACCAGGCGAGAGUUAGUGAGAUUAUAAGUCUUAUAAAUUCAACGAGUAAGACAACUUUCUGGAUCGGGCUGUAUCGUGACAAACAGAACUGGCAGUGGUCCAAUGGAGAUGAUGUCAUCUACUAUCACUGGAGACCACCAAACCUCUUCUGUGCUUCAGUCAAUUCAAAGACAGAGUGGGAGGGCAGAGUCUGCAAUGAGAUAAACAAUUUCAUGUGCUACAGUGAGACCAGCAACAUCACUGAGAGAUACACCCUGAUUGAAGAACUGAAAACCUGGACUGAAGCUCAGCAGUACUGUAUAGAACACCACACCGACCUAGUCAGUAUAAAGAGUGACAGUGAAAAUGAAGACCUAGUGAAGAAAGCGCAGGGCAAGCCCUUCUGGAUAGGCCUGUUCAAUAACCCGUGGAAGUGGUCACACCAGGGGGAUAACUACACAUUUCACAACUGGAACACAGGGGAACCAAACAAUGUGGGAGGCAAUGAGAACUGUGUUGAGAUAGGUGUAAGGGAUGAUCCAUCCAGAGGGGAAUGGCAUGAUAAGGAUUGCAGCUUGAAGCUCCCUUUCUUCUGCUUUGACGAUGGCUAA